AUGGCGGACCUGCAGCCCACCUGCGAGGACUACCAUUCCGAUCAGAGCGACGAAGGCCACGUCGAGUUCCAGGGCCGCCCGUCGCCCAAUGCUGCUAACGUCUCCACCAAGCCCUCGCAGCCCUCGGACUUGAAUAAAGAAAAGCCGCCCGCCCAGCAGCGGGUGCCCACCAACAUCGACCUUCGCUCCGACUCAGGGUACAGCAGCUACACCGCCGCCACCGUAAGCAGCACUAAUUCUGCUCAAAGUCCAAACUCCCAGCGCAGCCCGCCUGCCGCUGCUGCCCCUUCGCCUCCCCCCGUUGUCGCCCCAGAGGCCCCAACGCCGCCGCCGCCUCACCAACGCCCACCACCACCCCCCAUCACCACCAACACCACCAAGACCAGACGGCCUACGCAGUCGGACCAGCCCCGCCCCAAGAUCCCCUCGCGCACCGCCUCGCAGUCGUCCAAGCCCGUCGUCAAGCAGCGAAGGCCCACCAUCACCCAGGACUCGCACCCGGAACGCACCCGCCGUGACAGCAGAGUCGAAUGCCCCGAUCCCACGUGCACAAAGUGCGGUCCGAAUGCAAUUCCCCAGCACCUCACCACGCGUCCUGGCAUCAAACCAACGCAGUCUGCGCGCGACGUAGAUCGUCUCUCUGCUGACACUCGCUCAAUGCGUUCCGACCCGGCCUCGUACUACCCGUCUCCGCCCUCGCCCUCGACCGCCCGCCGCCCCGCCUACCGGCAAGAGGCCGCCAUCAUCCAGCCAGCCGUGGCCCGUCGCCGUCCCUCGGCCUCGCGUCCACGUCCCAUGAGUUACGGUGGUGAGCCCAACUCCCAGUACUGGGCCCCGGGCAUGCCCGCCCCCUACCCGAGCCCGCCUCAAGAGCAUGGCCCGCCGCCCUCCAACUCGGCCUGGCGCAACAUGCCUCAAUACCACCAAGCCCCUCCCAUGGGCUCCUAUGGCGGGCCUCAGGGCUACCCUACAUACUACAACCACACACCCCCGCCCUACGAAGGUCCCCCAAGGCCAGGCAUGCCGUCUCGCACUUCGUUCAACCCGGCACGCAACGGACCAGCCCCCAUCAUCAGCCAGGCCCCUCGUGAACAGCAGUACUCGGCGAGAUAUGGCCAGCCCCAGAGUGCCACCCAGGCCAGGUUCCCACAGCAAUUGCAACUGCAAGACGGCGCCUACGAAAGCGACAGCGAAUCCGAGACCGGCUCAUCCGAGGACGAGGAGGACUACUACGAGCAGCCGGAUCCCCGGGAUCCACGCAACCAGCAAGCACUCAUAGCACCCGCAAAGCUGGCCCAGCCCAAGCUCAAGUCCAAGACCAAGAAGCAACAACGCCCACCCAUGCGCCACGCCAACACGACCCAAGUGGUCGACGAACGUCCUUCUCGCCGCAUGUCCCACUCCCAGCCUCAGCCGCAGUCCCUGGUCAUUGAUGACCGUCGACGGAAGCGUACUUCCAAGCCCGUGGAAGAACCUUCGCGCCGUGCAUCGGUCAGCCGGCCACCGGCCCCUCCGCGCCAAAUCCAAUCCGACUACGCCACGCCACGUGGCCAGGUGGUUGUUGCCAACAGCAAGUCUGAGCGCCGUCGCUCGGCCCAGGUCUACUACCAGCACUAUCCCGAGGAAAGACGUACCCAAGAGCGUCCCAAGGUUACAAAGGAGGCCAAAGCUCGAGCCCGUGACGACGCGAGAAGAGCCGAAGAAGAACGACAACAGCAACUCGAGCUCGCUGAGCGAAAGCGUUUGAACCGAAGCUCAAAGCAGUACCACCGGGAGCCCUCGGAGUACGACAGCGACGACUACUCCGAGUCGGAAGAAUCCGAGCAAGAGCAAUUCAUGCCCGAGGCACCCGCACCUCCGCCCCAAACCCGCCGCCGCCGUCCAACCGACGUGGGCAAUGGCAAAGGCAAGGAGCGUGUUCUUGAGCACAAGACCAAGCGCAUCGAGAAUGCCGCAGAGGAGUACAUUAGUGCUCAGCGUGGAGCUCGUGAGCCCCUGAACGAGCCCAUUCACACUGCUGCGCGCAACUCGAGAACCAUUUCCAUGCCUUCUCACUCUGGCUCCUCUGGCAGCGAGAGGAGCCGCACCAACCGCACUGCCGUCACCAAUGACAACAACGAGAUUCGUCUCCGCGUCGACGCCAAUGCUCCACUCAGCCUGCAGUUCAACGGCGACAUGGAGGGCCGCACCAUGCGCCUGAUCCCCGCUGAAAAUGGCAUGGCCGACCUCGUCAUCAGCGGAGGCCGUGAGAAUGCCUAUCACGGCAGCGACCGGGGCAGCAAUGCAGACGACCGAAAAGCAUUGGCCCUGAGACCCUCACGGCGACACACGGAGGAGAUGACCGAAGGCAGUUCACGCAGCACCCGCAAGAGGCGAGACAGCCAGGUCAUCCGCCCCGAACGGAGCAACGGCGCCCGACCGCUGCGUCAACGUGCCAACACCAGCUCGUACUAUGGCGAGUAG